AUGUCUGCAGAACAAUUCUUUGGGUUGUUCAAAAAACAGAAAGGGAGAAAUACACCAAGCGUUCGAAAACCUUUCAAAGUUAAAAGAGAAGACGGUGGAGGAGACUCCGAAGAUCCCAAUGCUCCGAAAACUCAUGAAAUUGCUCCGGAAAUUGUAAAAAAGUCGCGAGCUGGAAAACGAAAACGGAUUGAAAUUAAAAACGAUGAUUUCAAUCAGUUGAUGAUGCAAAGUGUUCCAGUCAGAUAUCCGAAAGGGUUGACUCUUUAUCCAACUCAAAAAUUAAUGAUUGUUCGAAUCAUAAAAGCGAUUCAGAAUAGUGAAAAUGUUUUGGGAGAAUCUCCGACGGGCAGUGGAAAAACAAUGGCUUUGUUGUCUUCUACAUGUGCAUGGUUGAAGCAAUAUAUGGAUCAGAAGAAAGAAUCCAGAGAGAAGUGUGCGAUUCACGGAGAUGGAGCAUUUGGAGGAAAUAUGAAAUAUGAGGAAACUGAAGAUACGAUAAAAGAAGAAAUGAACGAGACGAGAGAUGUCAAACCGAUGGUUCCAGUGAAAAAUGAAAAUCUUUUCGAAGAUGAAUGGAAAGACGAUUUCAUAGCACACUCAAUUCCAGCUGCUGGUAUUAAAAUCGAAGAAAAACCUGAUGUGAAACCAGAAGUGAAAAAAGAACCGAGUGAGAAAGGAGCACAAGCUGAAUGUACCUGCCUUCCGCGUGUUCGUAUCUACUAUGGAACCAGAACACAUAAACAAAUCGCUCAAGUUGUCAAAGAGUUCUCGCGUCUUCCAUAUGCAAACAUUAUCAAGCACACAAUUCUCGCCAGUCGUGAUCAAUCUUGCAUUCAUCCAUUGGCUCGAAAACAACCGGAUAUUUCACAGUUCUGCAAGGAAAUCAACAGUGCCAACGGGAUUGGCUGCUCAUUCAAAUCUGCAAUGAGACCGAAGUUUGAAAAAGCGCAACCACUGAGAGAUCACUUGCGGAAUAAUGGAUCGGUGGUAUUCGAUAUCGAACAAGUGGUGGAGACCCUCGCCUUAUCCUAUCCUCAAAUAUGUCCCUACUUCUCUACAAAUCGUGUUUUGACUCAAGAUGCUGACCUGAUUUUCUGUCCAUUCUCUUAUUUGGUUGACCCAUUGAUUCGAAAUUCAUCAGAUGUUCACAUUAAGAAUUCAAUUGUCAUUUUAGACGAAGCACAUAAUAUCGAAGACACGUGUCGUGAUGCAGCUAGCUUCUCGUUCACUGAAAAAGAGCUCGAUGACUCUUUACUGUCUCUUCGACUGAAAAAAGUAGCGAUAGAUCAAGUGAAUGCAAACAAGACACCUGAAGACGCACUACACCAGACACCUGACUUGACAAUCGAACUCAAUGAGUUCAGACAACAUCUUCUCUAUUUGGAACUUCUGAUUUUGGAAAUGCUCAGAUGGGUUCGGCACGUGGCACAGGAUGCAAGGAAGCCUGCAAGAGGUGGAAUGGAUGGUUUCAAGACAUGUACCUUGUCGUCUGGAAAUCUUUUCGCGUCACUCACAAAUGCAGAAAAUGGAAUUGAUCUAUUCACGCCACCCAAGACGCCAAAAUACGAUGCCAUAUCUGUCGCUUUCUCCGGUGUCACAAAGCAUAAUGAACCUGAAAUGCAGCAUAUGGAUCAGUUCAAACCCAGUGCCACUGCAAUCGUGUGUAUCGAGAAAUGGCUCUAUUUUCAGUCAUUCUUUGGAAAUCAGCAGUAUCAACCAACAUAUAGACUGAAUGUAUCCAUCGAACCGAUCAACCAGACAGGCAGAUUCAACAGAACUUUCGAUGGUGAUCUAUCGAUGUCAUCUUCCUUCUCAUCAACUCCAUCACUGAAAACAAGAAGUUCUGCCGGCCCGAGAAAUAUGCAAUAUAAAGAAGAAAAUCCAUGGUUACAGGAGAAUGACGAUGAUGAUUGGAAAGAUCCAUCAAUAUCACAAACUGGUCAUAAAGCGAUUUCAGAGGGAUGUAAAACUACAAUCAGUCUGUGGUGUAUGAGUCCAGCUCUCUCGUUUUACGACGCCUUCAGUGAGACUCGGUCGAUCAUUCUGGCAUCUGGAACUCUUUGUCCGAUGGAUACUCUAAAAACUGAACUAGGAAUGGAGUUCAAACAACAGGUUGAAGGAGAUCAAGUCAUUUCACCGGAUAACAUUUUUGCGGCAGUGAUACCAUUCGGUCCACAUGGAAACCGAAUUACGUGCACUUUUCGGAACACCUCAGAUCCAAGUUCUCCGUUUUAUGAAGAAAUCGCAUCGAUUAUAAAAUACGUUUGCAUGCAUGUUCCAGCUGGUAUUCUCUGCUUUCUUCCAUCAUAUCGUGUCCUCGAACAAUUGAAAACAUGCAUGCUUCGUAACCACAGUAUGAAACAUAUUCAAACCAAAAAAGUGGUACUCUUCGAGCCGAGAAAGUCAUCUGAAUUGACAGCUGUCAUGGAUGAAUUCGAUUCGGCUAUUUUCAAUCCAACCAAUUUCGGAGAAUCAAUUAACGGAGCACUGAUGUUUGCAGUGUUUCGUGGAAAAGUUUCCGAAGGAAUUGAUUUUGCUGAUGAUCGUGCUCGAGUUGUUAUCUCUGUUGGUAUUCCAUAUCCGAAUGCAAUGGAUGAUCAAGUUAAUGCAAAGAAAUCGUAUAAUGAUCAAAAUUCAAAAGAUUUGGGAAUCCUCACUGGAGAUGAGUGGUACACAACGCAAGCAUAUCGUGCAUUGAAUCAAGCUCUUGGUAGAUGUCUCCGUCAUAAAAAUGAUUGGGGAGCAAUGCUUUUGAUCGAUGAUCGUCUGGAACGACAAACAGAAAAGAUUAUGACUGGUGCAACGUCGGCUCGUGUUUCCAAAUGGAUUCGUGCUCAAUUGAAGAAUUAUCGGGAUUUCAAGCAAUUCAAUCAGAAUUUCCGAGUAUUCAUCGAAGGACGACAAAAUGUCAAAAAUGUGAAAAAGGAAAAAGAAGAUAUUGUUGAUGAAUAA